UUUAUUUAUCAUUAUUAUUUUUAUUCCACCAUAGACAUGGGAUUUGGCAACCUCAAAAACCAGGUCAUAUACCUGAAGCUUGAGCACAUUUUGAAUUCCGAUUUUUUUGUUCAAACCCUUUUGACCCUUUUUCAGUUUUCUCUCUCUCUCUCUCUCUGGAUUUCUGUUUUUUUGUUUAAAUAAAUAAAGUGGUGAGCAAAAGAAUCUAGGACUGUGUAUAUUAAUUACAAACGUUGUCAUCAGUUUAUACCAGCUUGUCCAGAGCUAGAUGCGUGUUGAACAUGCUUUUGAUCUUUUUCUUCCAUCUCUUGCAUUGAAUGUCCUUCGGUGCAGCAAAAGGGUAUUCAGAUUUGUGCUCUGCUCUAUGGUUCUGGGGGAGCUCUGUGGUGUUUGAAGUGUUCUUCAUUUGAUAAAAUCGCAAGGUUGAAAAGAGAGAAUUUGAGGGGAAAGGGGAAAGAUAGUGUUGGAGACAUGUGGGAUUGCAGAGAAAUUUGGUUAUUUUUCUGUGGUUUAACAAUCUUGCCCUUGGUAUGUUUUUCUGCCAACUUCGUUCCUCUGGAUAAUUACCUUAUUGACUGUGGAGCAUCAACCGAUACUGCUAUAGAUAACCGCAAUUUCACAGCGGAUAGUUUCUACAAGGAUUUCCUUUCCACCCAACAAGAUGUUCUUGCAAGCACCUCCUUAAAAUCAAUAGCUUCCUCCAGUGAUUCGCCUCUUUAUGCAACCGCAAGAAUUUUCACUGCACCCUCAAAGUACACGUUUCCGAUUAAGAAAAGGGGGAGACAUUGGAUCCGGCUUUAUUUCUUUCCAUUUGCAUAUGAGAAGUACGAUUUGAGUGCUGCAAAUUUCGCUGUUUCCACCCAGGACUAUAAUCUUGUGAGUGAUUUUAGUGUGCAGAAAAACCAUGUUAUGAAGGAAUACUCUUUAGAUGUAAACUCAGACACCCUUGUGAUCAACUUUGCCCCUUCUGCAAAUUCCAUUGCUUUUGUUAAUGCCAUUGAAGUUGUUUCGGUUCCUGAUGGCCUCAUUGUUGAUAAUGGUUUCUCCCUAUAUCCAUCAGGGUCCUACUCUGGCUUGUUGACAAAAGCACUGGAGACAGUUUUCAGGGUUAACAUGGGUGGUCCAAGUGUCUCCUCUGGCAAUGACACGCUUCAACGAACUUGGGUUGCUGACGAAAAAUUCCUCAUACAACCUAACUUGGCCACUAAUUUUUCAAACAUCAGUGCUGUGAAAUAUGUAAAUGGUGGUCCAACAGCAAAUACUGCUCCACCUUCUGUCUAUGGUACUCUGACAAGGAUGAACUCAGCUGGUGAUCCCCGAAGUAAUUUCAAUGUCACUUGGCAGUUUGAUGUGGAGCCUCAAUUUCAGUACCUUGUUCGACUUCACUUCUGUGACAUAGUCAGCAAAGGCCUCAAUGAGCUCUACUUUAAUGUUUACAUUAAUUCCUUGUUGGCUGCUAAGGAUCUUGAUCUGAGUAUCGUAAAUAAUAAUGUUUUGGCUACUCCAUUUUUUAAGGACUUGGUCACAGCCCCAUCUGCCAGCACCAAAAUGCUUGUAAGCAUUGGCCCUUCUACUGUGAACAAUAAUUAUCCUGAUGCUAUUUUGAAUGGGCUGGAGAUAAUGAAAAUGAACAAUUCUGCGAGCAGUUUCAGCUCAUCAACUGCGCCUGAGACAGGUUCUUCUGGUUCAGGUUCUAAGAAGGUUGGCUUGAUAGUAGGCGUGAGUCUCGGGGCAUUUUUUGCAGUGGUUAUGGUUCUUGUUUUCUUUCUACUAUGCAGGAAAAGAAGACGUUUGGAAAAAGAAAAACAAGGGCAUUCAAAGACAUGGGUUCCCUUAUCAAUCAAUGAUGGAACUUCCCACACCAUUGGAAGUAAAUACUCUACUGGCACAUCAGGAAGUGCUGCUUCAAAUUUUGGGUAUCGUUUCCCUUUUGUGACAGUUCUGGAGGCUACAAAUAAUUUUGACGAGAGUUGGGUUAUUGGAAUUGGUGGCUUUGGAAAAGUAUACAAGGGAGAAUUAAAUGACGGUACUAAAGUUGCAGUUAAGAGGGGGAAUCCUCGGUCCCAGCAGGGGCUAGCAGAAUUCCGAACUGAAAUUGAGAUGCUGUCACAGUUCCGCCACCGCCAUCUGGUAUCACUGAUUGGAUAUUGUGAUGAAAAGAAUGAAAUGAUUUUGAUAUAUGAAUAUAUGGAAAAGGGAACUCUCAAAAGUCAUUUGUAUGGUUCAGGUCUCCCAAGCUUAAGUUGGAAGGAGAGACUUGAGAUUUGCAUUGGAGCAGCUAGAGGACUGCAUUACCUUCACACAGGAUAUGCUAAAGCUGUUAUUCACCGUGAUGUGAAGUCUGCAAAUAUCCUGCUUGAUGACAACCUCAUGGCCAAAGUUGCUGAUUUUGGGCUAUCAAAGACAGGGCCUGAAAUUGAUCAGACACAUGUGAGCACCGCUGUGAAAGGGAGUUUUGGGUACCUUGAUCCUGAGUAUUUCAGGAGGCAACAACUUACAGAAAAGUCAGACGUGUAUUCAUUUGGGGUGGUUCUGUUUGAGGUUCUUUGCGCUAGACCUGUUAUAGAUCCAACCCUUCCUAGAGAAAUGGUGAACUUGGCAGAAUGGACAAUGAAAUGGCAGAAAAGAGGGCAAUUGGAGCAGAUAAUAGAUCCAACGCUUGCUGGGAAAAUCAGACCAGAUUCUCUUAGGAAGUUUGGAGAAACUGCUGAAAAAUGUUUGGCUGACUUUGGUGUUGACAGGCCUUCUAUGGGAGAUGUCUUGUGGAAUUUGGAGUAUGCUCUCCAACUCCAAGAGGCUGUUGUUCAAGGUGACCCUGAAGAAAACAGUACUAAUAUGAUCGGUGAACUGUCACCACAGCUCAACAAUUUCGACCAUGAAGUUAGUGUUUCUGCUGCACAAUUUGAAGCUUCAAGUCUGGAUGAUCUGUCUGGUGUUUCUAUGAGUAGGGUAUUCUCACAGCUGGUGAAAUCUGAAGGGAGGUGAUUUACAAUAUCAUGUCUUCUAAAUUCUGCAUAACAUUAUAACAUUACUCUUUUGUUGUUUUAUUACUGGUUUGUCUUCCGAACAAUGGUUCUCAGCCUCCUUGCGGAGGAAUCAGGCACUUUGUAAAGAAAGAUUAAGCUGAUGAAACAAGCUUGCUUGAUCGCAACGCAA